AUGGCGAUCUUCGCCAUGGGCUGGCAGAAGCCCGACAAUGUCGCUGGCUCAUCUGCCCCAGCGAUCAUGGUCGGCCUGUUUGUCGCCACAGGCGGCUUACUCCUUGGCUAUGACACUGGAACCAUCAACGGCAUCCUUGCCAUGAAAUCGUUCAAAGACCACUUUUCGACCGGCUACAUCGACGGCAACGGACAGCCUGGCAUAUACCCAAAGGAGAGUGCGUUAAUCGUUGCCAUGCUCAGCGCCGGAACCGCCAUCGGAGCCUUACUCGCUGCGCCUCUCGGAGAUCACUAUGGACGUCGCCGGUCCCUUAUUGGCGCCAUCGGAAUUUUCGUAAUCGGCGCCAUCCUGCAGGUUUGUGCAUAUAACAUCGAUCUGUUGGUGGCAGGAAGGACGGUUGCCGGUGUUGGUAUCGGCAUUGUCUCAGUGCUUGUCCCCUUAUAUCAGUCCGAGAUGGCACCCAAGUGGAUUCGAGGAACACUGGUGUGCACCUACCAACUCUCCAUCACCAUGGGGCUUCUUGCCGCUGCCGUGGUCAACAUCCUCACAUACAAAUUGAAGACAGCUGCUGCCUACCGGGUACCAAUAGGACUUCAGCUAACCUGGGCCUGCGUCUUGGUCCUGGGUUUGACUGUGUUACCCGAAACUCCUCGUUACCUCAUCAAACGUGGAGACAAGAACGCCGCUGCCCUUUCUCUCAGUCGGCUGCGUCGACUGGACAUUACUCACCCUGCCUUGGUCGAGGAGCUUGCCGAAAUCGAAGCAAACCAUCAAUACGAGAUGGCACUGGGUCCCGAUUCUUACAAGGACAUUCUCUUUGGCGAACCUCACCUUGGCCGUCGCACGUUCACAGGUUGCUGUCUGCAGAUGCUACAACAGCUUACCGGCGUGAACUUUAUCAUGUACUAUGGAACCACCUUUUUCAAUAACGCUGGCGUCGGAAACCCCUUCAAGAUCUCUCUCAUUAUGCAAGUCAUCAACACAGCAUCGACCAUACCCGGAUUGUUCGUGGUCGAAUCAUGGGGCCGGCGUCGGCUCCUGAUGGUGGGCGCCAUCGGCAUGGCCAUCUGUCAGCUGCUGAUCGCUGCCUUCGCGACGGCCAGCGGCUCCAACAACCUAUCAGCACAGAACAAGGUCCUCAUCACCUUUGUUGCGAUAUACAUCUUCUUCUUUGCUGCAUCAUGGGGCCCAGUUGUAUGGGUCGUCACCUCCGAGAUUUAUCCGCUCAAGGUUAGAGCCAAAUCCAUGUCAAUAACUACGGCUUCAAAUUGGUUCCUCAAUUUUGGCAUCGCCUACGGCACCCCGUAUAUGCAAACGAACAGCGCAGCGAGUGACGAAAGCUCGAUAGAUCUCGGCUCUAAAGUGUUUUUCGUAUGGGGCGCGUUUUGCAUAGUAGCGGUCGGCUUUGUAUGGUGUAUGGUUUACGAGACUAGCAAGAUCAGUCUCGAACAAAUUGAUGAGAUGUACGAGAGAGUUGACCAUGCGUGGCACAGCAGGCGCUUCGAACCUAGUUGGAGUUUCCAGGAGAUGCGAGACCUUGGCUUCUCCGAUAACGGCAUACCGCCAACGCAGCAGCUGCAGCAGCAGCCGCAGCAGCCGCAGCAACAACAACAACAACAUCACCAACAACAACACCAACAAGUUGACCUACAGCAAUCGCAGUCACGCACUAGCAACUCCAGUACGUCUCAAACCGACGUGGGCGGGAGCAAUAACACCGGGGCGUCACAAGACGAUAAACUUGUGGCAUCCUUGGGCAACAUCGAUCUCAGCUAUUGA